GCUUGCUGGAGAUAAGUGGACAUCUCAAUGAAUGGUCAAUCAAGAAAGCGGACGCGCAGAAAUACGCGCAAAAGUGCUUCCAAAAGCGCAGGGGACUGAACCGCCCUGCAUCUGCACUGGGCGAACCAAGCAGAAUCUGAAAGUUUUACCAUGCAAAACAAGUGAUGAUAUUCUAAUUGGUUUUUUUUAAACCCAGGAUGAUAAAGCCAUGUUAGAAGGGGCUUGUCAGUAACUAGGGGUAGGAGAUACGGGCGAUGAGUUUUAGUGUCUAGACCAGGCGGGGAUUAUUAUGAGGCGCCAUGGCGUGGUGUGAACGUGGGGUUCAGAUGCUACUCACCACCGUGGGAGCUUUUGCGGCAUUCAGCCUUAUGACCAUCGCUAUUGGCACGGACUACUGGCUUUAUUCACGGGCGUAUAUAUGUAACGCCACCAAUACCACCACGGACGAGACCCAAGCCCAACCGAAGAAAACUAAAGGCGAUCUCACGCACUCCGGACUCUGGAGGAUCUGCUGUAUUGAAGGAAUCAACAGGGGGAGCUGCUACCGGAUCAACCAUUUCCCAGAGGACAACGACUAUGACACGGACAGCUCUGAGUACCUUCUGCGCAUCGUGCGUGCCUCCAGCGUGUUCCCCAUCCUCAGCGCCAUCCUGCUGCUCCUGGGAGGGCUCUGCGUGGGGGUGGGACGAAUCUACGGUGGCAAGAACAACAUCCUGCUCAGCGCUGGCAUCCUCUUCGUGGCGGCAGGUCUGAGCAACAUCAUCGGCAUUAUCGUUUACAUCUCCAGUAACGCCGGAGACCCCAGUGACAAGAAAGAUGAGGAUAAAAAGUCCUCGUAUAAUUACGGCUGGUCCUUCUACUUUGGGGCUCUGUCCUUCAUCGUGGCCGAGUCCGUCGGAGUCCUGGCCGUCAACAUCUACAUCGAGAAGAACAAGGAGAUGCGCAGCAAGGUGCAGCGGCAGUUCAUCAGGACUACCUCGUCCUCCUCGCCCUACGCCCGCAUGCCAAGCUACCGCUACCGCCGGCGGCGGUCCCGCUCCAGCUCCCGCUCCACCGACCCAUCUCGGGAUGCCUCCCCGGUUGGCCUGAAGAUGGUCAGCUCCAUGCCCAUGGGCGAGAUUUCCAUGUUUACCCUGAGCAGGGACCCGCUCAAAUCAGGCACGGCAUCGGCGUACAGCCCAGACCACGACGCGGGCUUCCUGCAGAUCCACAACUGCUUCUCCAAGGACCUCAAGGAGAGCAUCAACAGGAGGACGACGCCGGUAUGAGGCUGCUCCUUCGCAGUGGCGUUGCUAUAGCAGCCUGUUCCGAGGUGGCGAAGCUGGGUGAGAGCGCUGGAAGAGCCGAGACGAACUGCUAUGGGCGCCGUGACCCAUAGGUGUCACUAUGAUGCAGGUGGGGCUUUUUCCUGGCAAACGGUACAGGUGGCAGGGAGUUAAAGCAUCAAAAAAAAACAAGUCGGUCAGGGGAUUGGGCCGGAGAUGCAAGGAUGGCCCCUCGGAAGUAGAGCAGAAGCUAGCAGACACUCCCCCUUGCUUCCAGAAAGCACUUUGGAGCAACGAAUACCGUUACUUUUAUUCAGAACAAGUAGGAAAACCAGACCAGUAGCAAUACUUUUUGAUAUACUGGAGUAAAAAAAACAGCAGAAUGCCAUUAUUUUCAAUUUUUUAUUAUUUCAUUUGGUCACAGCAGUUGUGCGUUAAUUGUCUGAUUAACAUUCAUGUACACACAUACACAUAUUAUACAUAUAUAUAAAACAGACAAAAUGUUUGACGGUAUUUAUCUUUGCGAACCACAAAUUGGUGCUAUCUUCCGCUUAGCGCCAACAGCAAAGCGUUUUUGACUCCUCGCGGGGUCUUUGUGUUGUGUACCUGUGAACGCUGUAAGCAUUUAGGAACAUUUCUUAGCAUUCUGUUAUUGGGGGGGGGAAAAAAAGCGCAGGAGUUUGUAUCAGUCUCUGAGUUUCAGUCAUGUGUGUGUCACUCAGAAAAGUACGGAUUCACUCCUCUUGUUUUGUACACAUGCGUAUCGAUGUUUCGUAAUUCUGAUUGGGGUAAACGUCUCUCUCAUACAAAUAUGAAUUUGUGCUCAGGGAGGUUGCAAUGAUACUUAAAAAAAGUCUUAAAUCUUCAGAAACAUUCACCGGCAGUAUUAUAUUUAAUGCAGGGGCACCGUUUUGUUUUUUGUUGUGUAUCCUUUCCGAUUAGGUCGUUUUCCGGAAAAGCCAGGGAGCUUUGCGUGUUGAAUUUAGCGUCUGUCUCCCGCAUAACCGGACGUUACAGCAUCAGGUUACAAGCUUAAAAUUAACCAUUAGCUAAGAAGGACAUAGUUACUAACAAGCUGACAGUCACAGGAUUUGCUUCUAAUAUUCCAGGCCUAAAAUCACACUCAGAAGCUAAUCACUGACGUUCAAGCUUGGGAUAGCCGGAACUUCAUGGUGUUUACCGUGGUAACCCUGCUGCUGAUGUUGAUCUGGGAGACUAAAUAAUGAUGUGGCAAUUCAAAAAAAUAUGAAUGAGUAUCGACUGUGUAGCGAGUGAAAUUCCUCUUAAUUUGGCAAACGGUAAUAAUGGUGAUCAGUUCAGGAAGUGCUGAGAAUGAAUGUUUUCGAUCAACAUGGUAAUUAUAAUUGUAAUAGUAACAACCAUUUCUGAUGGUUAAUAAUAUACUGCUGUGUAAAUAAAAAAAGUAUAAUUUCCCUUAUGUUUUUUUUGUAUUACAUCCAUAAGCAUGCAUUGCCUCUUUGUCUCUCAUUUUCAUUAGCGACUAAGCAGAGAGUGUUUGCCGUUCUUUGGAGCGGUAAUUAUAUUACUGGUUUAGUUUUAGGGCAAAAAAAAAAACAAACAUCUAUUUGGAUUCUGUAUUCAAUGAAACCAUUGAUGUGAGCGGUUGCUAUAGCAACCUUUAAUGUAACCAUUGGAGGGACCGUGAUCCCCUGCCAAGGCAGGAACCAUUAGGCCAGGCUUGGAUUGUUUUGGUAGCAUCUUUGAGAAUAAUACCUUUACACAGCUGGGAAGAUCUCUGUGUGACUCUGAGGUGGAAGUCAGUUAAAGCGAGGGUGAUUUUGCGAGUGCGUGUGCGUAUGUGUGCUCAGCUGGGCUCUUUCUGUUAAUGACUCAUUCUGAGAUGCGGCACUCUGGCCGCCUGCCAUAGCACCGGUACAGCCCCCGUUCAGCAGAUCUUUACAGGCCACCAAUCCACAGCUGGCCUCUGAAGGGCGCUCUGUCAGCCGCGCACAAAUGUGGCCUUGUCCCUGUCACCCCCGUAUCCCCGAAAACUCCGCGCGGGGCCCAUCCCGCAUGCUCACAGAGGCCUUCAGUCCCGUCCAUGGAGGGGAAAGUACAUAAGCCACCCAAAAAGUCAGUUUGAGCACCUCUUCAUCUGGCACGUGGGAGAGGCUGAGAAGGAGGGUAGGAACAUCAGUGAUUACCUGAGAAGACUCACCGUACCGACAGGCCUCCUCCCCUCCAGUCACACUCACUUUGAACUUGUAUUCCAUUUUUUUAUGGAUGACAUUUACCUAGAUGUGAGUUAAAUGUGGACUCCUGGGGAAUGAUCCCUUGCUCUGGUCCGGCUCUCGUCAGUGGCUGGGCCUUUACGUCUUCCUCAACUUCGCUUGUGUGUUUAAGAUCAAUUGUCUUCAUAGGGGGAAAAAAAUGGAUGGAGGAGGUGAAUUCCGUAGAAUCUGGAGUGGAAGACCAAGGAGAUCAAGGAUGAUGAGAUUACGGCUGCCACUGGGGGGCGGGGAGGGACACAUGACAGAGCCUUCGCCCUCGUCCCGAAUGGGCCAACCACCGGCCGCACUUCAGGAGGACAUCAAAAUGUUACCCGAGCCUGUGGAGCACAGCCCAUUUUUCACCUACACAGAAGCUCAUGGCAGAAUCCAUAUGGCCCUUCUGUUUGUUGAUGUGUUGGUUGUAAUGGAUGGCUCCAAAGUCCCAUCAUAACAAUCCCUCAGGGGGGGGGGGGGCUCACAAAGGUUGAGGGCGGGAGUCUGGAUUGCGGCCAAAUAUGGGUAUGCUUCCCAGCUCACAUCUGCUUCACGAAUUGCUUCGCCAGCAGACAAUGGAGCCCAUCACCUCGGUGAUCUCGGGGCGUACAGAGUAUCUUCCCACCCAAGGGCGUCAACGGUCACCCUCAAGGAUCUCGCUAGCUAGCCGCUCGUUUACACAAAAUCAGCGGCCACAUGGAGGUCACUCAAAGCAAAAACACCACGAUGGCCAUACCGUUUUUUUUUUUUUUUUAGAUGUGAUGUUUCAAGACGUCAGAUACCAAUACCCCCAUUUUAUACACUCCUUGAGAAGAGAGAAAACUAUAUUUUACUGUUUGUACUGUAGAGUAGAGUAGGAGUAAAUGCUAACACAUUGAUAUGGGUCUUCUCAAAUUUUGUGCCAUAGAUGGAUAGUCAAAUGUUUUGAGAGGAUACAGUAGCUUUCAUCCAUGGAUUCUGUAGUAACAUGUAAAAUACCUAAAUAAGUCAUAUGUAUUUAACUGAAGCUAAAGCAGUUACAUAAAGUAUUAAUUUCUUUUGAGCUUGGUUUGUUUUAAUGUUGUAUUUUUAAUUUUUUUAAACCAGUUUUAUCUCUGUUACAGUUUACUAAAAGAUGAAAUCAGGGGCAUGUUUCUCACUCUGUUGUCUUUAUUGUUACAUUGUCAGACCGGUUUUCCUUUUAUCUUUUGUUAUGCUGUACAUGUAACUUUGACUGUAAUCUAAUUUGUUGUUUCUGAGUGUGAAGAGAGCAAUCAUGAAAUAAAAGGCAAUUACUUCAUGGAUCAUUAAA